AAGAGCAUCCAGGGUCCAGACAUGAUAUAGCUUUCCAUCUAUCCAUCCAUCUCGCGGGGCAUACCUGAACCCGAAUAACCCACCAUGACCACUACCACCACCACCACCAAACCCGUCGCCCUCGUCGUCGGCGCGUCCCGCGGCAUCGGCCGGCAAAUCGCCAUCGAUCUCGCGAAGAACGGAUACACCGGUACGCAGCCACCCCAGACAUCACCUAAUAAUCGCCGCCAAAACCACCUCCAACCCGGACACCACAACCCCCUUCCCCCCGACCCCAACUCCCCCGAAUCAACCAUCAGCACCGUCGCCCGCGAAAUCACCUCAGCGGGGGGCACCGCGUACCCUAUCGCCGUCGACGUCCGCUUCGUCCCCCAGAUCGAACACCUGGUGCGGGAGACCGUGCGUCUCGGCGGCGGCCGACUCGACGUGCUCGUCUACAACUCCGGCGCGAUCUGGUGGUCCUCUGUCGCGAAUACCCGCACAAAGCGGUUCCAGUUGAUGCAGAAGGUUAACCCGGAGGGGCUGUACGCGACGGUGCAGGCUGCGUUGCCCGUCUUUGAGCGGAAUGGCUGGAGGGGGAGGAUUGUGGUGGUGUCGCCGCCGAUUUAUUCGAGGUUUUUUAGGGGGAAGACGGGGUAUGCGAUUGGGAAGGUCGGGAUGAGUGUGCUGACUCGUGGUCUGGCGAUGGAUUUCGUGAGACAGGGGGCUAAGGAUAUGGCUAUUACGAGUAUUUGGCCUGCAACUGCCGUUGAAAGCGCAGCUACAGAACGGAACCCCGCCAAUGUCGAUUCGCGGGCAAACCUGAGGAAACCGACCAUAUUCUCUGACGCGAUCCUCGGCAUCCUGAACACACCAGCCCACGUGGUAAAUGGCCUCCUGGCCCUCGACGAGGACUUCCUGCGCCAGUAUUGCGGAGUGACCGAUUUCUCGAAGUACGCUGUGGUCCCCGGGACCAGUCCGCGACGGAUGGUGCCGAAGGAGUUGCCGGUGUUGGAGGUCGCAGAGCAGGAUGAUGAGGGGGUGAGGAUGGAUAGCGCGAAGGGGAGAUCGAAGUUAUGAUCUACUUCUUGAGUAGGAGUGUG